UGAGUCACACAGGUUGGGAGUGGCCUGUGAAGGAGUCACAUGUGUUAAUCACGGGCCUCGUCAGUCACGUACACAGCGGUGGUCAGUGAUGAACAACCGCAGUCAGCGCUCAGUCUUCCUACCGUUGAGACACCGGCCAUCACUCCUUACCGUGUGAAUAACAGUCUAUUGAAUAUUUCUGUAUACCGUUGAUACAUCGUGAAUAAACUGCAUAUAUCUAACAAUUAUCUCAUACUGGAGGGUGUAACUCCGGUACACGUGGAGUGUAUCACAAGACUACUGACAGCGCUACAGCGGCGUGGAUCAUGGGCGGGAGUGUGAUGAUGAAGGCGGCAGUGUUGGUGAUGCAGGUAGUAGCUGCGGUCUCCCAAGCAUCACAGCCUGAGGGGUGUCCUGUAGUGCCCUCCCUGCUACAGGCUGCAGGAUACAGCCCCUAUUGCGUCGCCUCCGCCCUUGCUUCCUGCGCUCACCAAGGGGACGGCAAACCUUUCUUAGAGGAGAUGAGGGAGACACUGGCUGAGGUGAGGCAAGCUCUAACGGAGGCAGAGGAGCGCAGGAAACGUCCUAGGCACUGUCGAGACCUGCUGGACUCGGGUGACACCGGCACCGGCAUCCGCCAGGUGUAUCCCUUCCUGCAGCACCCCGACGCCCCAGUCACCGUCUACUGCGACCACAUCGUUGAUGGCGGCGGCUGGACAGUCUUCCAGAGGCGUCGCAACCUGACUGAGCGUGAGGACUUCUACCGCACCUGGGUCGAGUACCAACUGGGUUUUGGCCACUUCCAGGGAGAGUUCUGGCUUGGCCUCGACCUUCUCCACCACCUUACCUCCACCACACUGCAGGAGCUGAGGAUUGAUCUCAAGGCCUACGAAAACCAACACCGAUGGGCAAAAUACGGACAAUUCUACAUAGGUUCCCCCGACACCUAUUACAGAAUCAAAAUAGGAAGGUACAAGGGUGACGCAGGGGACGGUCUGGGCUCCGAGAGCGCCAGACACAAUGGCUACUCCUUCUCCACCCACGAUGCUGACCACGACGGUGACGGUACCAACUGUGCCCAGGUAUACCGCGGCGCCUGGUGGUACGACAAGUGUCACAUCUCCAACUUGAACGGCUACCAGUACGUAGGCAAACACGAUUCCUACGCCGACGGAAUCAACUGGCAACCAUGGAAGGGCUACCACUACUCUCUGAUGGAGACCACCAUGAUGAUCAGACCUGCCUUCUGAGUGUUCACCCACACUACCAUGAUGAUAACCUCUGCCAUCUGCCUAAGAACUAAUAGGCCGAAUGGCUUUAGGCCAUUGUCAAAAGCCAUACGAAUGACUGUCGUUCACUAUAAUACGAUAUGCUAUGUUUAGUGGCCACUAACAUUAGACUUGCCUACUUACUGGUCACCUCAACAUUACCUGCCUGCCUACUGGUCAUUUCAUUAAGAUUUGCCUGUUUAUUGGUCCCCUUAACAAGACCUGCCUGCCUA